GUAAAAAUAAAUACAUUAUGUAAAUCUUUUAUAGGUAUUUAUAUUAUGUAGUGUAGUUACUUUCAAGUUGUAUUUCAAUUAGGAUUCUUAUUAGAUAAAUUAUGUAAUAUUGGAACUAUCAAAUUUCAAUUUGAUUAGGACAAUAGUUCAGGAACCGACUUGUCCAAUUAAUACUGUAUAUAAUACCCUAAGUCGUCUCCCUCAAUUUGCAUCCAUCGUUAAUUUCUCUGUUUAUGUCUUAUAGAUUUCCUUCAUAACUGUUCUAUAUAUAUUUGCUGGUGAAUCUUUGAAGAAAGAUGGAGAGUGUCGGAAAUGCAUACGUUGAAUGUGAAAGUGACGAUUAUCCUUUCAUAUAUUUGGUUGAUGAGGUUAUGGAUGAGGUUAAACAAACUACAAAAAUCAUAACCCAGGUAGAAGACAAGCUCACUGAAAGAGUCAUUGAGGAAUUUAUAAUGUUCCAUGCUAAUAAAAGGAAUAAUGCAUCUCCUUCUUCUUCUUCUCGCGUAAAGGCUGAAGAGAAUGGUGAACCCAGGUUUGGUGAAAUAACAAAGAAAAAGAGGAGCGGUGCACGUAAAAGAAAGAGGGUUGUUGAAGAAGGAAACUGGCCUAGCCUUUCUGCAUGCACAACUGAACACCAACAGAGAACUGGCAUUGCCGAAGUUAGGGCUGGUCCUCCAGAAAGGUGCUUUCAACUUAGUAAUGAUGUUGGGGUGAAUGAUCAGAACUUGUCGAAGAAGAGGAAGAUGAAUAAUUCUGAAGAAGUGGCAUGGCCAAGUGUGUUAAGGAGAACAGUAGAAGAAAAGGGUGGUUCUGAGGUAAAUCUGUUAAUAACAAAGAAACUGACGAAUACUGAUAUAGCCAAGACCCAAAAUAGGGUUUCAAUACCUUUAAAUCAGGUGAAAAAUAAUGGGUUUUUGAGAGAUGAGGAGAUUAGGACGCUGAAUGAACGCGAUGGCAAACACUUGAAAGGAAUAAAUGUUAUGUUCGUAGGACCAUCUGAAUCUGAUGAUAGGAAGGGGAUCGAAUUAUCCUUAAGGAAGUGGAAUAUGAAGAAUAACAGCAGUUAUAAUUUAGCGACUGGUUGGUAUCCCAAAGUGGUCACGAACAACAUGAAACUUUUCCAAAAUAAUCCCACUGUUCAGUUUUGGACAUUUCGUUGCAAUGGUGAUCAGCUCUGGUUUCAACUUGUUAUUGUUAAGGAUGAAGAAGAUGGUGCCAACAGUAAUCCUAGCACGAACGGGGAUCAUCAGACAGCAACAUCAAGUACUCCUAGCACCGACGGGGAUCAUGAGGCAGCCACAUCAAGUACUCCUAGCACCGACGGGGAUCAUGAGGCAGCCACAUCAAGUAGGGAUCAUGAGGCAGCCACAUCAAGUACUCCUAACACCAAUGGGGAUCAUGAGGCAGCCACAUCAAGUACUCCUAAUACCAAUGGAGAUCAUGAGGCAGCCACCAACGGGGAUUAUCAGGCAGCCACCAACGGGGAUCAUCAGGCAGCCACCAACGGAGAUCAUCAGACAGCCAAAUCAAGUUCUGAUAAUGUCACUGUAUUUCAACUGUGUGUGCCUGCAAGCACAUAAGUUAGGCCAUUGAGUUUUCUUUAAAUACCAACGUAGAAGAAGGCAUUUUUAGAAGAAGGCAUUUUUUAUGUAAAGUUAUAAUUUUUUUUUAUUAAAGAUAUAGCAUAUAGCAGAUCCAAUUUAGGGACAUUACUAUUCCAUUUUCAAAUAAAAGGAACUCAGAGGAAAAAGCAAUUUUCUCUAAAUAAUUGCCAACGUGAAGACAUGGCAUGGCAUUGUGUUUUGACUUUUGACCAUGUGUGGCCACUUCUGAUUUUGACUAUAAAUCUUUUGUUUUUCUGUCAAACGACGCCGUUUUUCAGGUCUACACAUAGCAGCCUCAUUCAGACGGAGCUUGCAACAAUGGCGUUGAGAUUUCCUACAGAGCUUACGGCUAUGGACCAACCAAAGUCCUCCUUAUCAUAGGUAUGUCCU